AUGGAUACAGAAGUCGACGUUACACCUGAAAAUCUCUUUCGCCCUGCGAAGCGACGCAAGUUUGCCCGGCGACGCCAAGAUGACCCCGAAGAAACAACCAGCGCCGCCGUCGAAUCAGUAGCUGAGGGCACUGACAAGGCUCUUCAAGCUACUGAAUCAAAACCCUCGGACGAUGACGAUGACUCGACACAUGCGACUGGUGUGGUGCGCCUGCGCCGGCCAAAGACCACUCGGAAAGGAGGCAUUGGAUUCUCCGCCACAACGCGACCAUCGGGCAAAGACGACAACCGCCAGACGGCGCUGAUCGCAGGGGAGGACCAGGAAAAGGAAACUAUUCGGGCAAUGGGCGACCGUUUCCAGAUGUACACUGGGCAGGCGGAGGAUGUGGACAGACACAUGAUGGCAUAUAUAGACGCCGAGAUGGCUAAGCGCUACAAACGUAGCCCGCUACCAGAUGGUUCACCGGCUGAUCAACCGGACUCACAACCAACAUCUGGCGCACCAUCUACACAAGGCCAGCCACACGAACGCCUCCCAGCAUCACUGGGCAAGCUGCAUGAGAUCGAUCUCGGACAAGAGACGAAGCUGCAAAAUAUCGCCCGUACCGAGGCGGCAACACGCCGGCUUGCUGGCGACGAAGACUCGUCCGCUGGGCCAACAGAUCGUGUUGAAGUCCCGGGGAAGUCCUGGCGCAAUCGCAAGCGCCGCACCAGCGCGGAUGUCGAGCGUGACCGGCUGGUGGAGGAAAUUCUACGAGAGAGCAAACUGGAUGUCUAUGACGAGCCAGAAGAGGAACCACAGGCCGAUGACCAGGCUGCGGAUGACCGUAUUGCAGAGCAAUUCCGACGAGACUUUUUGGAUGCAAUCCAGUCGCGUCGGAGGACACGCACUACGAAGACUGUUAGUAAAACCGAGGCACCAAAGGGGCCCAAGUUGGGAGGAAGUCGCAGUGCAAGAGCAGCGAUGCGCGAAUCGCAGGCUCAAGCUGGACGGAAGUGA